AUGGACCAGCAAGAAAGCACAUACGGUCACCACAACACCCCAGAAAAUAUGCUGCCCAUGUACGAUCAGUCGAUGGGGCAGAUAUGGGACCUUCCCAUGAUGCCAGAGUGGCCAUCAACCAUUCUCCAGCCUCAGAGACUGGACCAGGCUGAUCUGUUCUCGAUCACGAAUGACCACAAUACACAUCAGUUUGCUGUCAACAGCGUGAAUCAGCAGCAUAUGGCCCAUGAAGACUUACCUCUUGGACUUGCACCCUUCCCACCUCCACUCUCCGAAUUUUACAAUCAGCACAACCUCAUCUCAUCCCCCUUCACCCAAACACAACAAGAAAACACACACCUCAGUCAUGGUGCCUCCAGAGCACCAACUACCCCAGCUGCCAAAGAAAAUUUAAUCAUGCCGCCAUCCAUGACAGCAGGAAGGAAAAGAGCACCACGCUCCCACACAAAGAAUGAAACACCAUCACGACCAUCAUGUGGGCCUGCAACUGGAAAUGCCAGUGAGCAAGGGACAGAUGGCCCACCUAUACUGCAGAUUGGAGUGCAGCAAGGUGGUGAAAAGGGCAGCCGAGGGCAAGGAAAGGGAGGGAAGUCAGGUCCUUUGAAUCGACGAGAGGGAGGAAACUCGGACACAGAGAUUGCAAAGCUUGGGGAGACUGAUGUGAAUGAGUCAUCACUCAAGGUCCCUGAGAAGAAAGCUGAGAAAGCUGAACCUUGUGGACUCACAGAAGAAGAGAAGUUACUGACCAUCUGCAUCGGCCAGUAG